AUGAGCAGGAAAGCGAGUCUCGCAGAUCUGAGCAACCCAUUUUUGGUUCCAUCAAGAUCCAGUGGUUCAACCCGAUCCAAGUCCAUCUCGCGCACGGACUCGAAGUCAAGAUCCGGAUCACAGUCUAGGUCGCGUCCCGCCAGUCCGGUGAAGCGGGCUAGCGGUGGUAUGGCGGUCACGCCCACUCUAGCUUCGCAGGCAUCCUCAGGUGUCAUUCGUUCCAAUGGUCCGGAGGCACGCAUGAACGUGAUUACUAAUGACUACGUUCCGCCGCCCUCUGCACCGUCUUCGGUGAAAAGAAGCAAGAGCAUGAAUUCCAUGCGCACCGACGCUCGCUUUAUUCCUGCGCCGACUAGCAGUGAAGGCAUUGCGAUGUUCGCUGCCGCUAACACAGAGCCAUCCACUACAACCCUACCAACUGCGUCUCCGGGGCAUACCGCACGAGUUUCGGCAGCCACUGGCGUUCCAACCGCCAAUAGCGGGCGGAGAGUGCUCGCGUAUCAUGAAGCACCUCCAACCGCUAGCACAGACCCCGCCCUAGCCGAGCACAGAAAAUAUGCCCAACCACUAUACGCGCGACCUGCGAGUCUCGCUAGUAACACUGGAGCUGAGAGUAAAAAAGGCAGGAAGAUCAGUACUGUCCCUGAGCGGGUUCUAGAUGCCCCGGGUAUGAUGGAUGAUUUCUACUUGAAUCUCAUCGACUGGAGUUCAGCCUCAACGAACUGCGUGGCCGUUGCUCUAGGCGAAGCAACGUACCUGUGGAAUGCUCAGACGGGCACGGUCAAUCACCUGGGCAAUGCACCCGAGGGCGACUAUAUUUCGAGUGUUUCUUUCUCGCAAGAUGGUCAAUUCCUUGGCCUCGGCCUCGGCUCCGGUUCUGUUGAACUAUGGGACAUCGGUGCGGGUGUCAAGCUGCGAACAAUGUCCGGACAUGGCGCACAAGUCGCUUGCCUAUCAUGGUAUGCCCAUCUGCUCUCUAGCGGCUCGGGCGAUGGCACUAUCUGGCACCAUGAUGUUCGAGUUGCCAGACAUAAGGUCAUGGAACUCAAUGGUCAUUCAGGUGAAGUGUGUGGCUUGAAGUGGCGAGAAGACGGCGAUUUGUUGGCUUCGGGUGGCAAUGAUAAUGUCGUCAAUAUCUGGGACGGUCGCGUCGGGGAUGCCGUUACCAACACUCUGGGAGAACCAGCCCAGGGCUCGGCUAAAUGGACAAAGAGAAGCCACACAGCCGCUGUGAAGGCAAUUGCAUGGUGCCCCUGGCAACCCUCCCUAUUGGCUUCUGGAGGUGGUACGAAUGACGCUACUGUGAACAUCUGGAACUCGACAACUGGUGCUAGAUUGCACUCGUUGAAGACGCCCAGUCAAAUUACCAGCAUUCAAUGGUCACCACACAAAAAAGAAUUCCUUACCACGCACGGCUAUCCGACGAACUCGAUCAUGGUCCACGCUUACCCUUCGCUGGAUAAGGUUGCGGAGAUCCGGGACGCACACGAUGCCAGAGUUCUGUUCAGCGCUGUCAGCCCCAACGGCGAUGUCGUCUGCACGGGUGCCGGGGACGAAAACCUGAAAUUCUGGCGUAUAUGGGAACUGCCCGCGGCCGACAAGAAAAAGGUGAAGCACGUCAAGGAACGGAGCAUGACGGGUAUGGGGGGAAUCCUGGCUUUACGUUGA